AGAAUUUAUUGUAAUAGUGGGCUGCCGAUCAGACUGAAAACUUGACGAUGGAAGAAAUAUUUCAAUUGUUCUUGUUUUCCCUUUUGUCGUUGCUUUUGCGUAAGUAUCGUAUUACACCUUUCUUCAUUUAUCAUAUGUUUGUCAGGCCCCUUUGUAUCUAUCUAUUUAAUUUCAUAGUCUAUGCUUUACAGCUGACAAUAAGCUACAAUGCUAAUCUAAAGGCAACCUUCAGGUCAUAUAUUGCGAAGUCAUCGAGGAUGAACAUAAGAGCACAUAAAAAUAUCACAGCGCUGCAAAAAUCGCUCAUGGCCUUCUGACUGAAGAUCCGCAAUGGAAUGAAGAGGGUUUACCGGUUUUAAGUCCGCAAGGGUUUCAAGAAAAAUGCUAAAGAGACAGAAGUCCGUGCUUAUAUAUCCCAUUCAUAGAAAAUACUUUAUUUUUACUUUAAAGAAGCGCUUGUAUCUAAAACAGGUAUCGUCUUGAUCACAUUAGUCAAAGAUAAUUUCCACUGUAACAAUACAUUAGUCCUUGUCAGGCAUCACUCGCUCUUUAUCUCACAUCAAUAAAAUACUGAAAGGUAUGUUUCAACUCACAGACGUGAGCGUUCAGGCUAAUUCUUCGUGCCAACCGGAUCAGAUUACAAUCAAAGAUCCAAAAACUGGUUCGAUUCAGUGCCAGGACUGUUUAAAAUGUCCACCUGGCGAGGGUCUCUCAGUCAAUUGCGGAGAAGUAAUAACCCCUUCGACACCUGUGCAGUGCAAGCCAUGUGUGCUAGGAGAGACAUAUUCUGCUUCCCUCAAGGCCGGAGCUUGUGAGGACUGUGGAAAUUGCGGUGAGUACCGCGAAACUACAAAAGCCUGUACGGUAACUUCCAGGGCCGUGUGUGGAAGGUGCAAGUCUGGCGCAUAUGCAGAGGGCAUGCUGGGACUGUGCAAGCCCUGCUCUCCGUGUUGUAAUGAUAAUAAAGAUAUCGUUAUACCUGAGUGCCAAGUUCCAGGUGUACCAACAGGCAUGCAGUGCAGCUACCUACGAUCCAACAAGUGCAGCGCAUUGGUGACAUCAACUAUUAGCCCGACGCCGUCAACCCCACAAGAUCAGUCCAUAACCCCAUGGUGGCCAUCCUCUUCUACAACGAGCACCGAAGUAAUCUCUUCUCCAAGUGAGCCAGCCGUCAACCUGAUUGAAGAGAAUUCACCAAAUGUGAGCGUCAUAGCUGGUUCUGUUGUGGGCGGCCUCCUUGUUGCCAUCACGAUCCUCGUCGUCGCGUGCCGCAAAGUUAUGCGUAAACGCCGGAAGGCUACAGUGGAAGACGGAGCUGCUCAGACGCAAAAUUGCGAACAAGGAAAUUAUCAAGAAGUUACUCGGGAACAAAUAGAGGACAGAGUCUUUCUGCAUGAAGAUAGCCCACUUCCACAUCCCACUCAAGAGGAAGCUGGUGAUAAGAGUUCGGAAAAAAAAGGAGUGCAGGAGACCACGUCUCCUCUAUCAGGCCAGAGCAGUUUAGGUAAAAAUAUGACUGGUUAUGUCUAAAUUUUUGUUUAAUUUCCUUUGUUUAGAACAAAUUGCAAACAACCCUUAUUUGAUCACUAGUCAUACACCUAAUUACUCUCACACUCUGGGGAGGGGGCUAUAGUUUUCGAUUUGUAUCAAACAAAAUCCAGCGGAAACCUUCCAAAAUCUUCUAAAGCAAAAGUUUUGCUUAAUAGGAAUGUCGCAAGGGAGAUCCGAGAAACAAUAAAAUCUAAGAGUAUGAGGAUUCUUAACCCCAGAAUUUAAUAUUAAAGUAAUUGUUCCUUUUUAAGUUAAAUAAAAAAUAUCACACAAUUUACUAAUCAAGGCUUUCAAAAUCCAUUCUUUGAAAUCAUUUCAGAAACAUAUAAAACCGUUUUGAAGGGGUUUUCGAAGGCUGAUUCAAACUUUUUAAACAUAAUUUCAAUUUCAUAAUCUGAUGUAUCUUUUGAUAUUACUUUAGUUUCAGAUUCUGAACUUGACGGGUCUGUGGUGAAGCAGUAUACAAAAUCGUCUAAAAAGCAAGUACACAGUCCCCCCAAUGUUGUCACCAGGAAGACCACUGUCACGAUGGUCAAGGUCACUGAUGAGAAGGUCACUACGGUUUGACGACAGUCAUCAGCUCCUAUAAAUCAUGUAAUAAUCCGAUAAUUUUUCCCUGUAAUUUUUUUUACAGUGACAGAGAAAUCGGGACAUUUUUGCUACUUUAGUUGUGUCUAAUCUUCUUAAAAUGUCUGCGAGCUCCGCCUCAUUCUUGUUUCAAGAUUUUCUGUUCUCUUGAUUGAGAUUGAUCGUGCUUCCGUGAGAUCAUCAGCUUUUAGCAUUUUCUCUCGGCAAUUACAAAUUAAGAAAUUGUAUUUCCUUGUUUCAGGUCAGCAAUUACCUAAUUUCUCCCAGUGCUAUCAUACUUGAAUCAAACAUUAAGGUUAGGAGAACUCAAAAACCUCUUGAUUGUUCAAAAAGAUUCUCCUUGAAAGUAUCAUAGGAAAUGUUUAGAGAGCGGUAUGAAGAACUUAUAUGCUAGUUUUAGGAUUGAAAAGGUUAAGCAGCUUACAAUUACAUUACACUUCGACUCGGCGCAUCAGUUUACAUCUAUGCUACAAUAGGUGUAGUGUUUGUUCCUAUUUGGAUAAAUACCUCAGCUGUAUUCUAUUGGUUAGCACAUCCCUGACCGCAGUCUCGUGAUUAUGCUUAUAUAUCAUUGUAUAUAACUAAGUUCAUUGAAUUCUAAUAAAGCAGCUGUGUGGAGCACGCGGUCUGAUUCACGCA